UAUGAGGAAAUGUUCAUCUGGAGGCAGGGUAUCUCGUAGGAUGAUGGCGCCAGGGAUGCAUACCAUGGUACGAACCCGGAUAUACUUUCCCCGGAGUGCGGCGCGGCCACUCAUUGGGCUGAAUACAUUUUGUGGAGUGCAAGAAAAAAGUGAUCGGCAGUCACUCUCGUGCCCUUCUCCCCCCCCCGAAGCAAUAGAAGGAUCUGCAUCCUCCGCUUCUCUUCAACGCACUCUCCACUUUCCACUUUACUUCUCUGGCCAAUUCUUCGUCCCCAUUUCAUAUACCUUCAACAUAAGAAUGUCAUCCAUGCAAAGCACUUCACUCUUCAGCGUCAAGGACAAGGUCGUCCUCGUCACCGGCGGAGGUCGAGGAAUCGGAUUGAUGAUCGCUCACGGAUUCGUGGCGAACGGCGCCAAGGUGUACAUCUCCUCUCGGUCCGCAAAGGUGUGUGACAAGGUCGCGGAGGAGCUGUCGAAGCUCGGUCCUGGCCAGUGCAUCUCCAUUCCUGCGGACCUCCAGAGCCUGGAUGAAGUCAAGCGCUUGACGGCCGAGAUCGCCAAGCGUGAAUCGAAGGUCCAUGUCCUCGUCAACAAUGCCGGUGCCAACUGGGGCGAAUCGAUCAACACCUACCCUGACCAAGCCUUCGAAAAGGUUCUCAACCUGAACCUCAAACGCGUCUUCUCGCUCACCCAAUCCAUGCUCCCCUUGCUCCUCGCCGCUGGCACCUCCUCCUCCCCUGCCUCCAUCAUCAACAUCGGUUCCGUCGAUGGUAUCCGUAACCCCAGUCAAGAGACCUAUGCCUACUCGGCUUCAAAAGCCGCGCUCCACCAAAUGACCCGCGUCAUGGCUGGACAUCUGGGAUCCAAGCAUGUCACCUGUAAUGCGAUCGCUCCAGGACCCUUUGAGAGCAAAAUGAUGGCACAGACGCUCAAGGACCAUGGGGAUGAGAUCGUGGCGGGUGUGCCAUUGGGACGAAUUGGACAGCCUGAGGAUAUCGCGGCCACGGCGAUUUAUUUGGCAUCCAGAGCUGGUGCUUACACGACCGGGGCGAUUAUUCCCGUCGACGGAGGAGUCUUGGUCGCGGCCAAGGCAUAAAGUAAUGUCUCGUUCAGCGUGAAAGUCUGGUAGUCUGUCAUUUUUG